GUGUCUACCGUUGAUAUUAAUCAACGGCAGUGAUUGAAUGAUUUCUGGAACCAAAUGUUGUGAGCUCUUUCUUUCUCCCAAAUCUCAACCCCACCCCAUGGCGGAUUCUCCCAGCUACGCUCGCUUCCUCAACCCAUGGGUUCUUCAUCUCCAGAAGCUUGCUCUGGAGCUCAAAUGCCCUGUCUGCUUAAAUUUGUUCACUCGACCAAUGCUGCUGCCCUGUAAUCACAUAUUCUGCAACACUUGCUUACCCAGAUCGAACGAGUUUGGUUCCGAGUGUCCUCUCUGUAAAGUGCAUUCUACCGAUCGAGAUCUAAGGCAAGUUCCUUCCAUGGAAAAUAUGGUAACCAUCUAUAAGAGCUUGGACGCCACUCUCUCUGCUCAUCUCUUUCAAACUAUUUCUUCAGUGGGCCCUGGGAACAUUUCAGAGCAAUGCCGGGUAUCAGAGAGCAUGGACUAUGAUAGCAAGUCUAGUAAGGAACAUGUUGACACAUCUCAGAGGGGUCCUGGUGAUUCAGGCAGCGGGCAAUCCAUUCUCUCAUUGACAGCUAACAAGCGAGUUCAGAAUCAGUCUUAUAAUUAUGAUCUAAAUGAGGUGGUCCUUAAUGCAAAAUUUGAUAAAUGUACCAUGCAAAGCAAUGUCGAAGGCACAAACUUUGUGUUGCCUACUAGGGGAGCGGUUUGCAAUUAUGCUAAAGGGACUUCGGAAAUAGACAUGAGUCAUGUGGCACAAUCUUCACAAGAUAGUCCUCCUUCCUUUGGUGCUGAUUCCAAGGGUCUAGAUGAUGAUAGCAGUGAUCAAGGCAGUGUGCCGACCUCAAAAAAUUAUCCAGCCAAAAGAUCAAUGUAUGAAAGUGCUGAUAAUGAGGCAGGAAAGAAAGUGAUUGACAGACCGAUUUCCGGGGCUGAAGAAGGUCUUAGGGAUCUCAAGAGACAAAAGAAAUUGGAAUAUGGACAACCAGAGAUCAGCAUAAAAAAUGAAAGAGAUUUUCAACCUAUAGAUUUGCAUUCUUCCAGAGUUCAAUUGGAACCUAAUGGUGAAGGACCUCCUUCCGGCAUGCAGCAGCAUGCAUCUUCAGAUUCUUUGGAUUCAAAUAAAUAUAUUUGUGCGUUCUGCCAGUCCUUUCAACUUUCAGAGGCUACAGGGCCAAUGCUGCAUUAUGCCAGUGGUAAACCAGUGGUGGGAGAUGAGGCCACUGGUACGAGUGUCAUACAUGUUCAUAGGAAAUGCAUUGAGUGGGCACCGCAGGUUUAUUUUGUUAGUGAAUCUGUUAAGAAUUUGAAGAAAGAAUUGGCAAGGAGUGCUAAAUUAAAAUGCAGCAGUUGUGGACUUAAAGGAGCCGCCCUUGGCUGCUAUGCAAAAUCUUGCAGGAAAAGUUAUCAUGUUCCUUGUGCAGUGCAAAUUGUUGACUGUCGAUGGGAUUGUGAAAAUUUUCUAGUGCUCUGUCCAAAUCAUUCAUCUUUCAAAUUUCCAAAUGAAAAGUCAAAUUAUUCAAAGCAUAUCUGUAAUAAAUAUCCUGCACCGACUGAAAGGGCCUCUCAAAAGUCAGACUUUCGGCAAGCCUCACCUAAUGGAGCUAGAGAAUGGGUUCUAUGUGGAUCUGCUCUGUCUUCUGAAGAUAAGUUUCUUUUGGUCAAGUUUGCUACCAUGAGUGGUGCAACUGUGGCCAAGUCCUGGAGUUCAAAUGUCAGUCAUGUGAUUGCAGCCACAGAUGCACAGGGUGCAUGCACGAGGACCCUAAAAGUUCUGAUGGCCAUUUUGAAUGGGAAAUGGAUCCUUACGAUUGAUUGGAUAAAGGCAUGCAUAGAAGCCAUGCAUCCAGUGGAUGAAGAACCAUACGAAGUCAGCCUUGAUAAUCAUGGCUGUCGUGAGGGCCCGAAGACUGGCAGAUUUAGAAUCUUGGACAAUGCGCCAAAGCUUUUUAAUGGUUUAAAUUUUUAUUUCACUGGUGAAUUUCUGCCUGCUUACGAGAGAGACCUCCAAAAUUUGGUUGCUACCGCCGGAGGCACUAUUCUAAAGAGCAAGGAGAAGUUGAUGGCCCAAGGACAUGAAGUGGAAACAACUCCAACAACACUAGUUGUUUAUAACCUUGAUCCUCCGCAAGGAUGUGAUUUGGGAGAUGAAGUUUCUGUUGUUUUGCAUAGACUGGAAGAAGCAGAUACUUUGGCUGCUGAAAUUGGUUCGAGAGUCAUUCCUCAUACCUGGCUGUUGGAAUCAAUUGCAGCAUGUAAGUUGCUACCUUUUGCCAGCUGAUAAGGAAACAUGUUCAAAUAUGUAUCGUUUGUUCUAUGUCAUCAAACUUGGUUCUACUCACUAGUUGAAUACAACUGGCUUUUGCUCGAGUCUUUUGUGUUGUCCAAUAAAAAAAAAACGAGGUUUAAAUGUUGUGUGAAAAUUUUUGUAUCGACAUGCGAUGUAAACUGAUAUGCUUGGAUCACUGUCGUGCAUCAGCAAAAUGAAUGAAUGUUUUUUUGAUGAUUUAAAUGAGAAUCAAACUUGCCCUAUCA